UCAUGUUUGCUUUCGCGCCCCACUCCGUAAGCAUACAUCACACACGCUCUCACUUCGUAGUUCCCCCGCCACUAGGCCGUGUUGUACGAAUAGUGACGGAAAAAAGAAAGCACCACCGAUUCAGGAAUUCCAUUCAUCGACCCAAGGUAUCUGUGAUAUCGGUCCCUUGUAGCUGCGUGUCGAUCGUCUGCGGAACGGCCCCUUUUGCAGUCGACAUUCUCAAGUGCAUUCCAAGAUCGGGAACGAUCAUCAACAUAAUCGAUCGAUCGGCUGUGCUGCAAACGAUGUAAACAAAAAGUGAUGAGGUGGACAGAACAGUGACGAUCGAUUAGAAAAGAAAGUCGAUCGAACCGAGCGCGAACAGAAGAAGAAAGUCACAACUGUUCCAAGUUGCAACGAAAUCGCGUGAAUCGUCCCGCGUUGCCAUGGCGUUUUUCUCAUCGAUACUACUAUUCGCUGGCUGUUUGUUGUUGGUGCGAUUUAUAUACCUGCUGAUUUCGGUGCGCCGUGGCCAAAGUGGUUCGGCCCUUUCCCAACGGUCCACACCCGUCCGCACAAUGAUUGUAAUGGGAUCGGGUGGACAUACGGCCGAAAUGAUGCGCAUAGUCGAGCGUCUGGACUGCGAACGUUAUUCUCCGCGCCAGUACGUGCUCGCCAGUACGGACAAAACGAGCGUUGUGAAAGUGAUCGAAAGCGAGAUCCGUCGGGAACCGGAUCCGGAGAAGCAAACGUACGAGAUCAUUACCAUUCCCCGCAGCCGGGACGUACACCAGAGCUAUGUCAGCUCGAUCGCAACGACCGCGUUUGCGUUGUUUAACUGUGUACCGCUCGUGCUAAAGGCUCGCCCGGAGCUAAUUCUUACCAACGGACCCGGUACGUGCGUCCCUGUGUGUUUGGUCGCAUUUCUGGCCCGGCUGCUAUUUCUCAACACCAAAUGUAGGAUAGUGUUCAUCGAAAGCUUCUGCCGCGUGCGUAACCUUUCGCUGAGUGGCCGUAUACUGCUCUACAUCGUGGACAUGUUCGUGGUCCAGUGGCCCGAGCUGCUCGAGAAGACAUCCACCACGCGAACAGAUGUUCGUUGCUUCGGACGGUUAUAAGCAUCACAGUGUCACCACAGCAAACUUUAUUUAAUGGUUCAAAGAGGAAAGCUACGAAUAUAAAGUAAUAACUCACCGAUUAUACUGGACUAUUGGACGGUU